ACAUACCGCCGCGGAGCUUGCUGGGAACUGGAGUAAGAUGGCGACGCCCAGCUUGCGGGGCCGCUUGGUGCGGCUGGCCAACCCCAGGAAGCCUAUCCUGAAGCCGAACAAGCCCCUCAUCCUAGCCAACCGCGUUGGGAGCCGACGCCGGGAGAAGGGCGAGGCGACCUGUAUCACGGAGAUGUCAGUGAUGAUGGCUUGCUGGAAGCAGAACGAAUUCCGCGAUGAGGCGUGCAGUAAAGAAAUCAAGGAUUUCUUCGAUUGUUCUUUCAAGGCUCAGGAAGCCGGAAAGAUGAGAUUAAUCCAGGAGUCCCUGGGACAGUCUGGGAGUUUACCUCCUUCCAAAAUGACUAAGUUAUUACAAAGGUUUCCUAACAAAUCUCAUCUCAGCUGAAAAUGGAGAAACAGUUUCAGUGAUUGGAUUGUCAUUUCUGAAAUGUGCAGGGGCAUUUUAGGAAUGUUUGCAUUUGUACUAAAACGCAUUUUGGAAGGGUAAAAUGAGGCAGAACACUUUAUUUUGCUCUUUGGAAGCAUGCUCUGGAUGGAAGUUAUGCCUUGUUCUGAAAUAAAACUCUCUAAGGAGAAAUUGGCCAUUUAUCCUGAAUUAGAUACUCUCUCCUUACCCACCUAUCCCCAUCCUGAACUGAGCUAAACCUUCUUUCUUGAACCGUGUACUCUCCCCAAAACCAUGGAAGUUCUUUUUUUCCUACUAUGCCCUAGAUGAACAAGUAUGAUGUCUUUUCUUGCAUUUGAAGGCCUUUACACCGUUUAGUGUUCUUGUCUUUAGAUACAAAGGUUAGUGAAGUCUCUCUGUAUGCAGAGCUUUUUGCUAUCAGCUAUAUUUAAUGAGUGCAUAUUUCAUGCCUAGUCCCUCCAAGGUACUUGUUAAAUAAAAUGCAAACUGGUGACCCAGA